AUGGCAUCCUCAUCAAGAGCGUCCAGCCCGCUAUUGUAUGCCUGUAUAGCGCAUAGGACAACUAUCCUCACAGAGCACUCGGUGCCUGGAACGUCUUCUACCUCGGCUUCAUCAUUGGCAUCCAUAAUCCUCCCCAAGAUAUCUCACGACUCGCCUCAGAAACUCACGUACACUCAUGACCGACUAUUUAUCCACUACAUUGCUGAUUCGCCCAGUGCCUCUUCGGCACAGGGGAGCAGCCAGACGCCAGACUCCCACUCGGCAUUGAGUUACUUGGUCGUUGCCACGGCCGAACAGGGCCGUCGUAUUCCCUUCGCGUUUUUGCUCGAGAUGAAGAGGAAAUUCCUUGCGAGCUAUAUUCCAGAUAGCACUGAUUACGCCGCUUUGCCAGCCUAUGGGUGUGCUGCCUUUAACAAUGACCUACGUGGCUUGCUACACACGUUCAACACAACGCCUCCAUCCGAUUCACUUGCUUCGGCCAGGAGAGAAAUCGAUAACGUUCGAGAUAUCAUGACGGAGAAUAUUGAGCGUGUUCUGGAGAGAGGAGAGCGUAUCGAUACCUUGAUUGAUAAGACUGAUAGGUUGGGAAGCAGUGCUCGUGAUUUCAGAGUACGUAGCCGGGACCUACGACGCCGGAUGUGGUGGAAGAAUACGAAGGUUAUGGUCUUGCUGAUUGUUGUGGUAUUGUUCUUGAUAUACCUGUUUGUUGGUAUGGGAUGCGGCCUGCCGGCGUGGGGAAGCUGCGUGGGACGUGGAACCCACCACGAGGAAUGA